AUGGCAAACCCAUCUGGGACACAUAAUCAAGAUGGCAAUCAAGGUCCUUCUUCAUUCAACGGAAACAAUCAAAAUAAUGGUGGUGAAGACCCUUCUUCUGGUGCUUCUUUGAAGCAUAAUCCUGGUAUAUCAACUGAUUGGAAUAUUGAAGAACAGGCAAUUCUUGAAGAUGGGUUGGUUAAAUUUGCUUCGGAAAAAAAUGUGGUACGUUAUGCAAAGAUAGCUAUGCAACUACCAAACAAGACAGUUCGAGAUGUUGCUUUGCGUUACAGAUGGAUGAGUAAAAAGGAACAUAGCAAGCGAAGGAAGGAAGAUAAUCUAGGACGGAAAAGCAAAGAUAGAAAGGAAAGACAUAGUGAUCCUUCUGCAAAGACUUCUAACUUCAUGGCCGCCCGCCCCAACGUUGCUCCAUUUGCAACUCCAAUGAUGCCACUGGAAAGUGACGAAGGUAUCUCGUACGAUGCAAUUGGUGGAGUUACAGGAGAGCUUCUUAAGAAAAAUGCACAGACCCUUCAUCAAAUUUCUGCAAACCUUGCAAGUUUUCAGAUACAGGAGAAUGUCAAUCUUUUCUGCCAAACUCGUGACAACAUCCGCAAAAUUAUGAAUGGGGGAAUGCAGGCCAAGCCUCGCAUGAGUGGGAAUAGGCUUACAAAUGCUCAAACUUUUAAGAACACUUAUUGUUCGCAGAUGAAUGAUGUGCCAGAACUAAUGAAGCAGAUGCCAUCACUUCCGGUCAAGUUGAACGAUGAUCUAGCUGACUCCAUCCUUCUGCCUCCAAACCUUCCCAGGCCAUAA